ACACCUCUAAGCUAGCUCUUGUUUUUGCAACCUUAUCAUGUUUUCAUCAUUUUAACCUUAUCUGUUCCACAUAACGACAAUUUAUUGCUUUCAUAGCUAAUAUUUAUUAUCUUCAAUUUGCUUCUUCGUCUGCGAAAGAUUGUAUAAAUACAGCCAUUUUAAGCGAGUAUCUUGCGUUUCUCAAAAUGGAGCUGCGUUAUAUAAAAUUGCUUUCAGCAUUCUGCUUGCUUAUUGUUACUUUUGCAUCUUCAAUGGUACCAUUAUAUUUAAUUAAAAAAUAUCGUUCUGAUCAGAAUCGUGAAAAUAGGUCUCAAAACUUUAGAGUGAUAAGUUUUCUUAGUUGCUUUGGUGGAGGAGUGUUUCUAGGGACGUGUUUGUUACAUCUCUUUCCUGAUGUUCGUGAACAAAUUGACCUUGUGUUCAAAACAAUGAAGUUCAGUCCGAAUUAUCCUGUUGCCGAAUUCCUUUUCGGUUUUGGAUUCUUAACUGUUUUGAUUGUUGAACAGAUCGUGCUGAAUUGCCAGGAUGAUUUCGAUGAAGAAAAAGUACCCUUUCUGGUUCACGAACAUUCUCAUCAAAAUCUUGAUGGUGAAGUCUACACUACAAUAAAUAAUUAUGGAGCAGUCAAUGAUGAACGCACCGAACAUCAUGAUCAUGAAAUAUCUUUCCAUCAAGACCAGAGCUCGCAUUCUGUUUUACGUUCUUUAUUUUUAGUUUUUGCGCUUUCAUUACAUUCUGUUUUUGAAGGCCUGGCUAUUGGUCUCCAAGCUUCUGCCGAAAGUGUAAUCCGCAUAUUGCUGGCUGUUCUCAUCCAUAAAUGCAUUCUAGCUUUUACACUUAGCCUGAAUCUCUCUCAUAGCAAAUUGAAAAAGGGAAGCAUUGUAAAGGGAAACAUUAUUUUUUCCCUUACCUCACCCGUUGGCAUUGUUAUUGGGGUGGUUUUGAUUGAUUUUGUCAAAGGUUUAAGCAUGCUAGUCACAAGUGGAGUUUUGCAGGGUUUAGCUGCAGGAACAUUCAUAUGAACUUACGGCCUCUUAUAAAAGGAUUAUGGAUUUACACGUGCCUAUCAAAUGUACGAGACGAAGAAGGUGCACUUUAUGCAGUAGGAAUCAUGUGCAAAAAAGAACCACAAUUCAGUGUAAAGAAUGUUUGG